CCACACACACGAGGUCGUUUUGUGUGGCCCCGCAAAAACCUCGAUGCUCAAGUCCAGGACUUUCGUGAAGAAGAACCGCUCCGGCGGGGUCAUGAAGGUGGUGAGGGAGCACUACCUGAGGGACGACAUCGGCUGUGGCUGGACCCUUUGCGUCGAGUGCGCGGCCUUAGCCGCCAAGGCCGCGCCGCGGGCCCAGGAGCCGGCGGAGGGAGCAGGCCCCGCCGGGCUGUUGCAGGCCCGGCCCGGGGCGCGCAGCGGCCUCUGUGACGGUGGGGCUCACGUCGUGAUCCCGGACAGCAACGUGGUGCUGCACCAGAUUGACCUGCUGGAGGACCCGUGCCUGCUUAACGUGGUGAUUCUGCAGACCGUGUUGCAGGAGAUCCGCCAUCGCUCCGCUCCCGUCUACAAGAGACUCCGCGACAUCAUCUCAACUCCGCAGAAACACUUCUACGCCUUCACCAAUGAGCACCAUCGAGACACGUACGUGGAGCAGGAGAAGGGGGAGUCUUCCAAUGACCGUAACGACCGAGCCAUCCGCGUGGCCGCCCGCUGGUACAACCAGCACCUGGCCAAGGCAUCGGAGGAGUCCGGGCACGAUGAAAAUGGCGAUCUGCCCACAGUGCUGCUCGUGACGAAUGACCGCGAGAACCGGGAGAAGGCGCGUGCUGAGGGGUUGCAAGCAUACACCGUGGAGGAAUAUGUGCGCAGCUUGUUGGACAACCCUGAGUUGAUUGACCGUCUGGCACUGGCCUCGGAGCAGGAUGUGGUGGAGUCCCGGGUAAUCUUCCCCGAACAUCUCCCGCUGUCCCAGCUGCAGCAAGGUGUGCGCUCUGGCCGGUUUGUCCAGGGAACCUUCCUUGCGAGUCGGGAGAAUUACCUGGAGGGGACUCUGAGGGUGCGAGGGGACGGUGACAGUGAUAAAGAGGUGUUGAUCCAGGGGCUGCAGCAUUUAAACCGCGCGAUGCAUGACGACGUCGUGUGCGUGGAGAUGUUCCCCGAGGAGCGCUGGGUGGCCCCCUCCUCGCUGGUCCUGCACGAUGAGGGCAUCUCAGGGGAUGUUGCAGAAGAGAAGGAGGAGGAUGUGGUGCUGCAAGCCGAAAGUGGGAAGAUGCGUCGGCCCACUGGCAAAGUGGUCGGGAUCAUCAAGCGUAACUCGAGGCCGCUGUGCGGCAUGCUCAUGCCCAGCCCAAUCAAGGAGGCCACCCGCCACCUGUUCACGCCCGCGGACCGCCGCAUGCCACGAGUGCGGGUGGAGACGAGACAAGCGGCGGCCCUGCAGGCCCACCGCAUCGUGGUGGCCAUCGAUGGCUGGCUGCGACACUCCCGCUACCCGAACGGCCAUUUUGUGCGGUCUCUGGGCGAAUGUGGGGAUAAGGAGACGGAGACCGAGGUGCUGCUGCUGGAGCACGACGUGCCACACCAGCCCUUCAGCCAGGCCGUACUUGCCUGCCUGCCCUCUCCCACAUUCAGCAUCACAGCAGAGGACCAGGCUGGCAGGGAGGACCUUCGUGCGUUGUCUAUCUGCAGUGUGGAUCCUCCAGGCUGCACAGACAUCGACGAUGCCCUACACUGCAGACCGCUCGACAAUGGGAACACCGAGGUCGGGGUACACAUCGCCGAUGUGAGCUACUUUAUCCGGCCGGGGAAUGCCUUGGACGAGGAGGCAUCUCUGCGUGGUACCACUGUUUACCUGUGUGAGAAGAGGAUUGAUAUGGUGCCAGAGUUAUUGAGCUCAAACCUGUGUUCCUUGAGAUCCAACGUCGACCGGCUGGCGUUCUCGUGCAUAUGGGAGAUGACUCCAAAGGCUGAGAUCGUGAGCACACGUUUUACCAAGAGCAUCAUCAAUUCCAAGGCGUCUCUGACGUACGCAGAGGCCCAGCUGAUGAUGGACGACGCUGGGCGGAAGGACGCGGUCACCAGCAGCCUGCGUGGCCUCAACUCCCUUGCCAAGAUCCUCAAGCAGAGGCGCAUUCAAAACGGAGCGUUGACUCUGGCAUCCCCUGAGGUCCGAUUCCACAUGGACAGCGAAACCCACGACCCGAUCGACCUGCAGACCAAGGAACUCAAGGAGACCAACUCGAUGGUGGAGGAGUUCAUGUUGCUCGCCAACAUCUCCGUGGCGGAGCGCAUCGUAGACGAAUUCCCCGAGUGUGCGCUGCUCCGACGCCACCCGGCGCCUCCGCCUUCCAACUACGACAUCUUGGUGAAGGCGGCGAAAUCAAAGGACAUCGAGAUUCAGGUGGACUCGGCGAAGGCGUUGGCCGAGUCCCUGGACCGGGCGGCGGUGCCGGGUGCGCCACCAUACCUCAACACUCUGCUGCGCAUCCUGGCCACACGCUGCAUGAUGCAGGCCAUCUACUUCUGCUCCGGCAUGGAGCCCGACACCCACCACUACGGGCUCGCCACCGCCAUCUACACCCACUUCACGUCGCCCAUUCGCCGAUAUUCGGAUGUGAUUGUGCACCGGCUGCUGGCCGUGUGCGUGGGCGCCGACCCCACGUACCCGGCGCUCACCGACAAGCAGAAGCAGCAGCAGCUCUGCAACAACCUCAACUACCGCCACAAGAUGGCGCAGUACGCCCAACGCUCGUCUGUGGCUUUCCACACGCAGUUGUUCUUCAAGAGCAAGGGAGUGGUGAGCGAAGAGGGCUUCGUGCUGUUUGUGCGCAAGAACGCCGUGGUGGUGCUCAUUCCCAAGUACGGCUUGGAGGGGACGGUUUUCUUUGAAUCCAAAGAUCUGAAGCUCAACGUUACCUUCGACGAGGAGGGUCCCACGCUGUGCGUGCAGGGCAUCGUGCUGAACAUGUUCGACCGCGUGUGCGUGCGCGUGUCACUGGAUUCGUCCAACCUGCAGCACCAGCGGAUCCGCAUGCACCUCGUCCGCCCGGAGAUUCCAGGCUACAACCCUCUGGAGUCCACCCCAUGGGGCUCGCCUUCUCCCCGGCCUAAAAAACCCAGGCAGCACUAGUGCAUUGUGGAUGCGUGUGCACUGCGGUGUCAACAAGAUGUAGGAGGAGGUGCAUGAGUGGGCAUACACUCUGGGUUUUACAUCUGCAGAGUUAAUUAAGUGUACAUUGUGCUCGCAAGCAGAGGUGAACAAUUGAUAAAAAAUCAGUGGCGGUUAUGAGAAACGCUACCCUGAAGUAAUGGACGAUUUGCACUCUGAACUUGCAAUCCAGAGGUCGCCGGUUCGUUCUCCUGUCGCAGCGGUUGAAAUAAUAGCGCAAUUUUUUUAAAUUUACAAUUUUUACCUUGCCAACCAGUACAAACAGCCAAUUCAGGUGUGUAAGCAUCAAGAUGUAUGAAUAGUUUAGGACUGCUUAUGCCCCACUUUUUUGCCAGCCAAGACACUGUGACCCCCUUGUGAUGAAGGUGAUUUCACAAAAAUAUUGGUUACUGAAUCAGUGGUGUUUAUUGACUAAUGCAGCAGUGUCCGACCCACAAAGCAUUGUGAUCCAUUCUGGUAUAUCUCAACAUGUUCCGUGAUCCACCGGCAAGAUAUGACCAACAGUUACCCGGAUGGAUUUUACCGACUAAUAGAACACUAUAGACAUGCCAAGUGCUAGUGCGAUCUAUUGGUUUACAAUAUAUUGUUAAUCUAUUAAUUCUUAGACGGGGAUUUUGUUUUGCCAUCUGCUAUAACAAGAAUUGCUUCAUAUUAGAGGUGUUUAUUCUUAUUUCCUGAGAUCAACAAACAAAAUCUUUUGCGAUCAUCCACCCAUGGAUCGUGAUUCACAUAUCGGCUUCCACUGAUCUAACAGUUGAAAACCAGUUUAACACGUAGGCUUUCACGACCAAUAUCAUCCAUAACACAGGUUUUUUGGGUUAGAUCGCGUAAAUAUAUAUGUCUGUAAACCCGCCACCACCCGACACAGCCAAUUCGUAAGAUUUGUCACAUUAACAGAACAUGCCAAUUCGUUACUAGUGAAAAGGAGUCGGAGAAUGGUUAAAGCACUUCUUUAUGUCUCCAACGCACAGCAACACUCGUUCCAAAACCAACCCCGAACCCACGUCUCACAGCCCCUUUUAACCCCUCCAUCUCCGCCCUGGUUCCCAAUACACAUCCGCGUCGGGCACGCCUGGUCCGGGUGACGUCACUGCCCUUUAACCCCUGACCCCCGUCCAGCGCAUUCCCGUGCGUGUUAUAGUGAGAGCGGAGAUGUCGUGUCUGCGUGGUGCGUGUCCGUGAGGGUGGCUCGCAGAUCCCUUACACUAGUAACAGAGCAAAGCCACAAUAUUUACAAUCCGAGUACGAUGUUUCGCCAGUAAUUACAACUAGAUUCAUCAGGCGACAGCCAGAUUCGUGGAGAAUCUUUGUUCAUUAAUGCGCAUGCAUAAUGUAUGUUGAUUAACAUAUAAAUAACCCAAUCGGCAAUGGAUACCCAUAGUCUUAAGCUUUCAUUAAUCCCCCCCCCCCCCCCAAUUCACGAAAGAAGUGCUCACAAGUGAUGCCAUCACAUCUACCUCUCUUUAAGGAACGAAAAAAAUCUGGCUGUCGCCUGAUGAAGCUAGUUAUUGGCGAAACGUACUUAGAUUGUAAAUGUUGUGGCUUUGCUCUCCAACAAACUGGUGUACUGUACUAGUAACGAAUUGACAUGUUACAUGACAAACCUUACUAAUUGGCUGUCGGGUGGUGGUGGGUUUAACAACACAUUUAAACGAUCUAACCCAUAAACCUGUAUUAUAGUUGAAAACCUACAAUUGUGCCAGGUUUGGCCUGUCGGAGUGGGCCAUUAGGGCGGCCACUCGGAGGGCAAAGCUCUGGGGAAUCCGAGCAAGAGCUUCGAAGUAUGAUUGUGGUGAUACCCGCACAGGUCACGUGAUGGAUGGCAAGUGGAAUUUUUUUUUAUCGCGAGAGGAUUCCCUGCAAGGGAUGUUAGGUUACUUAUUCUUAUGUGGAGCCAUUUACUGUAUGAAGGGGCAGCGGUCAGCCGCAUAAAACAGAGUAUAAAAUUUAACACGUAGGCUUUCGCGACCAAUGUUAUUCAUAAUCAACGUUUUUGGGUUUAGAUCGCGUUACUUAUAAAUGUGUCGUAACCCUCCACCACCCGACACGGCCAAUCAGUAAAAAUGUGUCACGUUGACAAAGACAAAUAGUUCACUGCUUUAGCCCA